CCAGCCAUGGCUCGAGCUGGCCAGCGGCGCGGGCAGGCAGCAGCCGCGGAAGGCGCGCGGGCUGCGUCAGGGGAGCCGGGGACCUCACAAUUCUAAGAAAGAGAGGGGCGAGAGGGGGCCAGGGGCGAGGAGGCUGGGGACACAGCGCUCAGCCAACGGUGAGGAUCCUUUUUGAAAAUUAAUAUUAAAAAAAAAGAGAGAGAGAACGCAGAGGAAAAGGUGGGGGCAAGAGGGAAGGCGAUUCAUACAGAGAGGUAGACAGAGCCCCACAGUGAGAGGAAAAGGAAGGAAGCAAGGAAGGCAACAGUCGCCGGCAGCCGAUGUGAAGACCGGACUCCGUGCGCCCUUCGCCGCCUCUGUCCGGCCUCAUCGAUGUUGUGUCCGCCGCCCGCUCGCCCGGAUCACGAUGAAUGCGCAGCUGACCAUGGAGGCGAUCGGCGAGCUGCACGGGGUGAGCCAUGAACCAGUGCCCGCCCCUGCCGACCUGCUGGGUGGCAGUCCCCACGCGCGAAGCUCCGUGGCGCACCGCGGUAGCCACCUGCCCCCCGCGCACCCACGCUCCAUGGGCAUGGCGUCCCUGCUGGACGGCGGCGGCGGCGGCGGCGGCGGCGAAUACCACCACCACCACCGGGCCCCUGAGCACAGCCUGGCCGGCCCCCUUCACCCCACGAUGACCAUGGCCUGCGAGACUCCCCCAGGUAUGAGCAUGCCCACCACCUACACCACCUUGACUCCCCUGCAGCCGCUGCCGCCCAUCUCCACCGUCUCGGACAAGUUUCCCCACCAUCACCACCACCACCACCACCAUCACCACCACCACCCGCACCACCACCAGCGCCUGGCGGGCAACGUGAGCGGUAGCUUCACGCUCAUGCGGGACGAGCGAGGGCUGGCUUCCAUGAAUAACCUCUAUACCCCCUACCACAAGGACGUGGCUGGCAUGGGCCAGAGCCUCUCGCCCCUCUCUGGUUCCGGUCUGGGCAGCAUCCACAACUCCCAGCAAGGGCUCCCCCACUAUGCUCACCCUGGCGCCGCCAUGCCCACCGACAAGAUGCUCACCCCCAACGGCUUCGAAGCCCACCACCCGGCCAUGCUGGGUCGUCACGGGGAGCAGCACCUCACGCCCACCUCGGCCGGCAUGGUUCCCAUCAACGGCCUCCCUCCGCACCACCCCCACGCCCACCUGAACGCCCAGGGCCACGGGCAGCUCCUGGGCACAGCCCGGGAGCCCAACCCUUCCGUGACCGGUGCGCAGGUCAGCAAUGGGAGUAAUUCAGGACAAAUGGAAGAGAUCAAUACCAAAGAGGUGGCACAGCGCAUCACCACGGAGCUCAAGCGCUACAGCAUCCCACAGGCCAUCUUCGCUCAGAGGGUGCUCUGCCGCUCCCAGGGGACCCUCUCGGACCUUCUGCGCAACCCCAAACCCUGGAGCAAACUCAAGUCUGGCCGGGAGACGUUCCGGAGGAUGUGGAAGUGGCUGCAGGAGCCGGAGUUCCAACGCAUGUCUGCGCUCCGCUUAGCAGCGUGCAAAAGAAAAGAGCAAGAGCACGGGAAGGAUAGAGGCAACACCCCCAAAAAGCCCAGGCUGGUCUUCACAGACGUCCAGCGUCGAACUCUACACGCAAUAUUCAAGGAAAACAAGCGUCCAUCCAAAGAAUUGCAGAUCACCAUUUCCCAGCAGCUGGGGUUGGAGCUGAGCACCGUCAGCAACUUCUUCAUGAACGCGCGGCGGAGGAGCCUGGACAAGUGGCAGGACGAGGGCAGCUCCAAUUCAGGCAACUCAUCUUCAUCAAGCACUUGUACCAAAGCAUGAAGGAAUAACCACAAACUAAAACCUCGGUGGAAAAGCUUUAAAUAAAAGAAAUUUUUAAAAGACAAGGACCUCAACAUAGCAGGUUUAUACUUAGAAAUAUUUGAAGAAGGAAAAAAAAAAGUGUUAUUUAUAGUCCAAAGAAACCAAAGACUUAGCUCACCUGCAUUCUGACUUUGUUCGGAGACACACACUUCAGCGGGGCGACGACUUGGCAAGAAGAGUUAUGAGCAGGAAAACACCACUGGGUCUCACACCUUCGAUCCACGAUCCUUCUCGCUGUGCUUGGCUGUUUCGUGGUUUGGAGCAGUGAUUUUGAGCCAUUGAGUGGACAUCUUUUAAGAUCAGACUUUCUCACCUGUCCCACCGCGCCACAAAGGUGUAUGGUGUCUCAGUACUGCGUGUGGGUGCGUGCACUACACACACACACACACCACCACCACCACCACCACCACCACCACCACUACCAGUGGUCAGGGACAUAGGCAGGGCGGGCCUUCAGGAAGGGUUGUGCUGUAGGAGAGCAACCACCAGUGUGGGGUUGUCUGAGUUCAUUGGAUUAGGAUGUGAUGUUGCUCGUCUAGCCUAUUGUUUGAACCUGCCAGGCCCACAACCUAAAUGCAGAUUCAAACCCAGCAAGGAAAAUUUGAAUGACACCUAAACUCGUGCAUUCUCUUUGUUUGUUAAGGACUGUUCAGAUAUUUUUUAAGAAAUGAAAUAAGAGUCCAUCCAUUUAAAAAAAAAAUCACCUAGGUACCAAAGAACACACUUAAUAUUAUAGUGCAGGUAUUUUAUUGCAAUGAUUUUAAUAACCAAAGCUAUUUUUACACAAGAUACUAUGUAAAGUUAUACAUAUGAACUGAUCUAGCUGUAAUACACAUGCCACGUAGAAUCAUGACUAUUAUUUAUGACUCUUAAAGCAUUUGAAAUAUUUGUUUUCAGAACUGGCAAGAAAGAAUGUCGCUCCAGGGAAGCAAUUGCUACCAUAAUAGAGAGUUUGAUGCAGGAUGCACGUACGCCCAGGUGGCACACUCCCUUUCGGGACCCAUAAAUGUCACUUAGGUAGGCAUAUGACAUGAUUCCAGAAUCUGUUUAUAGCUGGGAAAACCUGGGGAUUCUGCCAAAGUAGGAUCCCAUUUAUAAACUAGAAAACUAAGUUCACACAGGGCAGGUAACUAAAUUAGAAAAUUUGUUUAAAGUAAUGCUUUUCGGUAAAAAGACCAUGGAAUUAAAGGACUGCAUACUUAGAUUAAUUUGACAAAUUUGCUUCAUGCCUUUGACACCAAAUACCUUUUAAAAAUAUUUUAUAAACACUCAAAGAGAACUGACCGAUUUUAUUAUUAAAAUGAACUAUCUAAUAUUUGAAUAAUUUUAACAAUACAAUCAAACUUAUUUUAUUGCUAAUCUCAAACAUUUUAUGACUUGGACAUGAAUAAAAAUAGCAGGUCCCAACCAAGAAACGGUGGGAUGUAGAAAAAGCCAGAGUCUUCAGCUGUUUACUUCCUUCAGCAUAGCCCCCGGAGCAUACCACAUUCUUUCCUGCUACUGCAUUAAGCUGGAAAUUUUAUAACAUAGAUUCCACUCUCUAACAGGGACAUAUAAAAACUAGACCUGAACCUCCAAAUAUAAACAUUUAAAUUCCUAUUUUCCCAAAUCACUUAACCAGGCCUAUAGAAAUCAAGGCAAAAAGGAAAAAACAAAAAAACACGAAAAAAGCAAAAGAUAAUACAGUUGUACUAGUAGUACCCAAGUGAAUCAUUUGCUUUCCCCCCCGUCCCCAAAUUCUCUCUGAAUUCCAUUGAAUUAUCACUCAUAUAAGUGGAUGUCUUUUGUACUAUUGGGAAAGAACUACAUAGCCUUGGUCAAUUAGCACAUCUAACUAGGAAUAUAAAGUUAAAUGUUAUCUCAACUAUAAGGUGUUUAUUGAGAGUCAUUAAAAUGCUUUAAAAAAUUAAACCAUCUUGUCUAGGUCUAGAAGGGGCAGGCACCUGGAGAGAGGAGGCCACACCAGCCAGCCACCUGUCUCCUUCGUGUCUGCUGGAGGAGGAAAGGAAGCUGGCACAUACUCCCCCUUUCAUGAAAGGACGUAUUUGCCUUGACACAUGUUGUCCAUUUUCUUUCUCUCGCCCCAAAUUCCAGCUUAAAAAUUUCCCUUCUAAACAUGGCACAAUUACAAUACAGCUAUUAAAAGAUACCAUUUAAAUGGCCACCCUCCAAGAUUUGCUAAAAAUUUAAUCUUGUUAAUGACAUAAACUAAAAGGAAAAAAACUGAUUAACAUUUUCUCUUUCCAGGAAUAGAGGGGACAAUGGGUACAGCUACAUAAUAUACUUAUAAUUUAGGAGGGAGGAAAACCUUAUUUAUUUAAAACCUGAGAAGUUUAAAAUCAGGGAAAUUAAAGCUGUGUCUCCACCCAAUCUUACCAAAGUCAAUGCCCCAGGAAAAACAAAAGUAGAAUUCAGGUGAUCACUUUUUUUUGCUUUGAUUUUACUACAUGACCCUGCCCAGUUAAUCUAACUGCAUUUUAUGUGUUCAACCAAUUCUUUUGGUACUGUGUAGACACAAUCUCAAAGAAUAUUACUGCAUUUUUAAUAUUCUCACCAUGCUUUUUUUGAAAAAUAACCAGUGAUUCUAUUUGCUAACACCAAAGAUAAUUUUCAUACCAGCAUUGAAUGUGCACCCAUUAUGCAAUUUCAGGGCCUAGAGAUAUAUUUUCUCACAAACAGAUGCACAAAUCCAAGCCUGAAAAGCAAUGUUUUACUUGACUGUUUAAGCAUCUUCACAACCUCUGCUUCUGAGAAAUCACAAUGGACAAACUCAGCUUCUCACAAGCAAUACACGUAUCCCAUCAAGUAGGACUGCUUCUGCUCUGCUCCUGACUUGCCACAGAGAGAGGAAAUGCUUCCGUUCCUGUCUCACUAAUUUACAGCUCAGGUUCUAAACCCAACAUAACCAAGGUCACAUGCUUUUGUUCACCCAUCAUUUCCCGGCCCCUGAACAAAAUUCACCUAAAAACACAUCUCACUCUUUCAUUUGUAUGUAUAUUUAUUCCAAAACUGCACUUCAAAUAACACAUUUUGGGUUUUGUUUUUUUUCUUCUUCACAGAAUGGAAAUUAGACUGGUUUUGGCCAUAAACCAUUUAUGUCCUCUCAUGACCAAACGCUUCCCUGAAAGGGAGCCAAGAGAAAGAGUGGGAGGUCUGGACACCCCAAAAGCCCAGACUUCGGUAAAUGUUCAGGUAAAAGAAUUCUGGGUGCCAAGAACUGAGUGUUCCGGUCCCUGGAUGCAGCUGGAAUAGGCCCCCAAAACCAAAGAAAAUGUGUGGGGAAGUUCUAACUGAACAUGUCACUCACUCUGCCUCCUUCCCCCCAAAAAGUAUAAUUAAUUUUCCAGGAACAAAAGUAAAAGCACUAUGCUAUGUUUGGACUUAUUCUCCACUCCCCCCCCAUCCC